AUACAAUUUGACAUGCACAUAAAAUCUGCAAAGAUGUGCUAAAAUUAAGAGUCAAGAAAUCAGUCCUGUGUAAUUCAUCUCGAUUGGGAAAAAUGGUAUCCGUCCUUGAAAGUUCCAGAGUCUCUCCUCCACCGAAUACCAAUGUCGAGAAAUCUCUGCCCCUAACUUUCUUCGACUUGAUAUGGGUCCCUUUUCAUCCUCUCUCUCGUGUCAUCUUCUUCGAUUUUCCUUGCUCUACCAACCACUUCAUCGAAAACAUAAUCCCGAAUCUCAAAAUUUCAUUGUCUAGUGCUCUCCAACACUUCUCUCCUCUGGCUGGAAAUUUAAUCAAACCCUCGAAUCCUGAUUCCGAAACCGAUUUUCACAUCCGUUAUGCUGAUGGCGACUCUGUUUCGGUAAUAUUUGCCGAGUGCACGGAGGAUUUUAAUCAAUUUUGCGGAUAUCAAGUCCGCGCCGCGGAUUUGUUACGUCCGCUUGUUCCUCAACUCCCGGGAGAGAGCCGUGUUGAGGUGUGUGGAGAAGAGUGUUUGGCAUCUCCUUUGUUGGCUAUUCAAGUCACUGUGUUUCCGAACCAUGGUGUUUGUUUUGGAUUCACAAACUCUCAUGUUGUUGCUGAUGGGAGUAGUAUGUUUAGUUUCGUACAGGCAUGGGCGUCUCUUGCUAAACAGGUUAUGUUGAAAGAGGAUGGUUCGAAUUUUCAGGUCCCAUUUUAUGACAGGAGUUUAAUUGAAGACCCUCUUGGAUUAGGUGCAAUAAUUCAAAGGAAUUUCAGGGGUUUGGCGACGGCUGAGCAAAUGGAGCAAGUCGCUCCAGAUCAAUCGAUAGGUGGCACGAAGGCUCGUGUCACAUUUGUCCUGAAACAGGCUGAUAUUGAAGCUUUAAAAAGCUUGGUGAUACAGAAACGUCCUGCAUUGCCUUAUGUUUCUUCGCUAACUGUGGUAUCCGCGUAUGUGUGGACUUGUAUGGCGAAAACACGAGCAGCUGUUGUGAAAGGCUCGGAACAGGAGCCUCUCAACUUUGCGAUCGCGUAUGAUUGUCGUGCUCGUUUGGAUCCGCCCCUGCCCGCCUCUUACUUUGGGAAUUGCAUAUUGGCUUCUGUUACAGUGGAGAAGAAGGAGGUACUGGCUGGAGAAGAAGGCCUUUUUACUGCUGCUGAAUUGCUUGGAAACUCACUUUCUGCAAAGAUUAACAACAAGGAUGGAGUCUGGAAAGGUGCUAGUGGCCUUCAUGAUGAGUUUGCAGGAGUAACGAGAGGCGAAUGGUUCCUAGGAAUUGCUGGUUCACCGAAGUUGGAUUAUUACAACGCUAUCGAUUUUGGUUGGGGCAAGCCGAGAAAAUUCGAGUUUGUUUCGGAGCCGUUUUCUAUUUCAAGGUGCAAAGAUUCGAAAGUCGACUUGGAACUUGGGUUCAUCAUGCCUAAGAAUGAGGUGGAUGUCUUCUCUACGAUUUUUGCUCAGGGAUUGGAAGUCUCAACUUGAAAGUUUCUGAAUUGCACGCUUGCAACACCUGCUGAUUGGAUAAUAGGUUCUUUACAAUUCAUACUUGGCUUGAGACUACAAGGUGAUGACAUUAUAGUCCACAAGUUGAUGACACUACAGACAUCAACUUGGGCCGAAGGGGUUCCUACGACAGGUCGAUGGGUUCUUACGAGUUACGACACGUUGUUUGUUUGGAAGCGAGAUCCAGUGAAGAGUGGAUAAAUGACGUGGUUAAAUAAUCCCGUAGGCUGUAAUGGAGUAGUAGCCCCUUUAGGAGAUGUUAUGCCAAUUUGUAGGCUGGCCAGCUUUAAAUCUCUAGGUGCACCGUAAAGUUGUAUCCUACAGUAUCAUGGCCUUGGGGAUGUUAAAGUUGUGGGGGUCAUUUCUUUAAUAAUAUUUCACUUAUUUAAUUGAAAGUA